AUGGAGAUGAACAGUGAAGUAGAUCCUCCUCCCAUCUCCCUCUUGGAUUUGCCUCAAUCCAUCUUGGAUUUCAUUCUGACAUGCCUUUCUCCAAAAGAUCUUUUGACAAUGUCAAAGGUAUGUGUUUUGUUGAAGAGAAAAUGCCAAAGUGAUAGAUUUUGGGAAAAUCACAUAAAAGAGAAAUGGGGGAGACUGAUUUCUGAUGCUGUUUACAAGGAAUGGAAAUGGCACAUUGAAAUUGCCAAAGAUGGAGUUUUGAUGAAGAAAAAUCAAACUGGUUCAAUGGGUUCUUUUAUUGGUGAUUGGCCAAACAUUUGUCUUUGUUCAUACUUAGAAGAUUGCAAGUUCCUCAGUGCUACAAAAUCAAACAACUUCAUGAUGUCUUUGUAUUUAUCUCUACACACUGGUACCUUUUGGUUUCCUGCUCAGGUCUACAAGGGAAUGAUGAUUCACAAUGCCCUGGUCAACUAUGACUCACAAUCUAAUACUUUUCAAGCAAGGUAUCAAAAUGAAAGUUGGAAACUUAUAGGGAAGAACAUUGAAUGGGAUUUGGUGAGAGCUCCCUCAGUUCAAACUUCUCCUUAUCUUCUGCAUGUCUUUCACUCUUUACAAAACUUGAAACCAGAGGAUCAUAUUGAGAUUCAAUUGAGACCAAAUGCACAAUCUCCUUACGAUUGGUUUAACGGUGUUAUUGGGCAUUUGGAGUCAUGCAAUGAAUCUUGUUGUGAGUGUGAAAACAGUGAUACAUUGAUAGUGGAAUUCAGGCAUUUUCCAAAAGUAUCAAAUUUGAGACGAAUCAAGUUAUUCAGAAAUAAGAAGGAAGACCAAAGAGAUGGCAUAGGUGGCUACUGUGAAGGAAUCAGAAAGCUCGAGGACCACCGUGACAUUCAAAAAUGGAACAACCUCUUACUUCAAUUUCAGGUGAAUGUUCGUCCAAGGUUUAUUAAAGUAGUUGAGAUUUAUCACGAUAAUCAGUAUGAUACACGUGUUACAUUGGUCUCCAAUAAUAGGACAUGUCCAAAGGCUGUAGACUAUGAACUGAAUCUUAGAGCUCUUGUGACUCAAAUGGCUGACUUUUGCUGA